AGCAGCAGAGGAGAGAGAGAAUCUCUGCAAGUCUCCUGGAUUAGAAUCUGCCCACCAACAAUAUGGUGAUUUCUCUGUGUAGAACAGCUCUGAAGAGGAAGAAGUAUUCACUGAGCUGAACUGAAACAAGAUCAUCAGCUAAAGGGUGGAGCUAAUUUACCAGAGGCAGGGCUCAGAGAUCUUUGUGUUCUUUCCAAAACAAACCCGGAUAGAGGGAAACCGGGGAACCUUCCUAAACCUGCUUCACUUAUCAUGUUCCUGGCCUGCUGGGUUCUCCAGAGAUGGAAACAAGGAGGUUAGAGGGGAAAUGGGAGAAUGAAGAGCCGGACACUGAGGAUCCUCUGGACACAAUAAAGAGGGAAAUGGAUCCCGUUUCUGGGGCCGAUUCCCCAGAGGCAGCGGAAGUCAUACUACACAUCAAGAUAAAAGAAGAAGAACCGGACUCUGAUGAUCAUCUGAACCCAAUGGAAAGCUCAGCAGAACCACCUACUGUUGGGGGUGGGAACAUGAAGGCUGAGCACAGUUCUGAACUGCCCAAACCAGAGACUGACUGGGAGUCCGGCACAAGAUCUGGCGAUUGCUUAACAAGCUCUGAUGGAUCAGGUUUUAUCUGCAGUAAAUGUGGGGAAACCUUCCCUGUGGAUUGUGAUCUCUCUCACCCUUGUGGGAGACACGAGAGACUUGACACUGGGGAGGAAUCGACGACAUGCAUGGAAGCUUGGGAGAGUUUUACUGAAGAUGGUGAGCUUCCUGUACAACAGAAGAUUCAUACAGGGGAGAAACCAUUCUCAUGUAAGGAAUGCGGGAAAAGGUUUUCUUUAAACACCAGCCUUUAUAAACACAAGAGAAUUCACACAGGGGAGAGACCGUAUUCAUGUUCAGACUGUGGCAAAUCUUUCUUUCAAAAAACCCACCUGCAAAGUCACCAGAAAAUUCACUCUGGGGAGAAACCAUUCGCCUGUUCGGAAUGUGGGAAAAGUUUCUCUUUAAAGAUCGACCUUCAGAAGCACCAGAGGAAUCACACCGGAGAGAAACCAUUUACCUGUUCAGAAUGUGGCAAACGGUUUUCUAGAAGCAGCAGCCUCUCCAAUCACAAGAGAAUUCACACUGGGGAGAGGCCUUAUUCCUGCACGGACUGUGGCAAAUCAUUCUAUGUAAAAAGCCACCUGCAAAAUCACCAGACGGUUCACACCAGAGAGAAACCAUUCACCUGCGAAGAAUGUGGCAAAAGUUUUACAGAAAAGGGCACCCUUCGCAUUCACCAGAAAAUUCACACGGGGGAGAAACUAUUCACCUGCACGGAAUGUGGGAAGAGUUUUACUGCAAAGAGCACCCUUCAAAACCACCAAAGAAUUCACACCGGGGAGAAACCAUUCACCUGUACAGAAUGUGGGAAAAGCUUUACUGAAAAGAGCACCCUUAAAAAACAUCAGAGGAUUCACACCGGAGAGAAACCUUUUACCUGUACAGAAUGUGGCAAAUGUUUUACUGAAAGGAACACCCUUCAGAGCCACAAAACCAUUCACACUGGAGAGAAACCAUUCACCUGUACAGAAUGUGGCAAAAGGUUUUCUUUAAGAAGUACCCUGUACAAACAUAAAACGAUACACUCCUGCGAGAAACCCUGGGAAGUGGGUGGUAACAGUUCACCCGAAAAGGACACCCUUGAGUGCAGCCAAACGCAUUUACACGCACUACAAUAGCACUACUAGAUAUAGUUACAGUUAGGCCCAUAAAUAUUUGGACAGACAACUUUUUUUUCUAAUUUUGGUUCUGUACAUGACCACAAUG